AUGUCUCAUCCUCGCGACACUACUCCUCCAUCCCGCGACAAGCAAGUCCCGAGUCCGUGGAACACCCGAGGGAGACUUCAACAUACCAUUCGUCUAAUAAGCCUCAACCUCUGGCUGUGGGAACUGCUAGGCUUACUGACCAGUACGCUUUGCAUCGGUGCGAUAAUAUGUAUUCUGUCCAUCUUCAACGGCAAGCCAGUACCUGAUUGGAGCUAUGGCCUGACGGUCAACGGUCUGGUCUCCAUUCUCGCUGGUAUCGCGAAGGCAUCCAUAGUACUCCCCACUGCGGAAGCCAUCAGCCAGCUGAAAUGGUACUGGUUCUGGAAUCAGCAACGACCAGUCGUGGACUUUGAGCGAUAUGACAGUGCGAGUCGCGGCCCAUGGGGUAGCCUUGUCCUACGGUGCUACCCACGACUCUGGAACAUCGUCUCUUUGGGCGCUGGGCUCACGAUCGCCGCGAUCGCCGCGGAGCCUUCUCUGCAACAGAUACCUAUUCUUUCGCUCAGUACGGUUGCAACUGGGAAUGCCAGCGUGUCACGAAUCAUAUCGAUCACGGGACAUGAGAAUGACGGUGCUUCCAAUCCGAUCCUCAACAUGAGUAUGAAGGGUGCUGUGUACUCCGGCAUAUUCGACACAGAGCUGAGUAAUACCGCCGCGAUAAUGCCAGUAUGGCCAACUGGUAACUGCACAUGGCCCAGAUUCAGCUCUCUUGGAGUAUGUAAUGCUUGCGCAAACAUCACCUCGAGAGUGUUUGUGAGUAGCACCAACCCUGAUUAUCCGGUCUGGACACUGCCGAAUGGUGGCAUUGGCUCCGGUCUCAACCAGUCCAUAAGCCUCCUUGGCGGUGACUCCUCCGCGGGCUGGAUGGUAGCCGGAUCAUGGAACAGUUUGGCUUUCGACCAGAAGUUUGCAAACCAAAGCAUAAUCGAUCUCAGCUUCAUCUAUCUUCCGCCUGUGAAUGCCACGCUGCUCAGAGACACCAACAGUACGCGUGCCAACGCUGCUGAAUGCGUGUUAUGGCCGUGUGUCAAGACCUACGAUGCAGUCAUGGCCAAUGGCGAGUACAAAGAGACAGUAACAGAUAUUUGGCCUCCUGUCAAUGCAACAUUGAGCGAAAAUCCGGCUCUCAAAUCGAUGUGUAACUGUACGUACAGAGAAGGCUGCAACGAGCUGUCUCCGAUUUCACAGUACUCCACCUGCAAUGUGUUGAUUCCCAGGAAGCUGGAAUUACGUCCUCCCGGCGACGAUACCUCGUACAUAUACAAUCUAGACUCGUACAACUUGCUGCGUAACUGGCUCGGUUUCGUGCUGCAGCUUGUGUAUUCCUCUGGCUACAACACUCAGUUCUUGAUGGCACAAUCUCGGAACGAUGUACCUCAAGCUUUCUACUCAACUCAGCUUGAACACGCCAACGCCACACAAGCCUGGGAAAUGCGUGGACCCAGUGCAAUCAUGGAAAGGGUUGCGACUAGUCUAACGAACCAUGUGAGAAGUGCUGGUGCUGAAGAGCAAAGCGUGGCAGGCACGGCUUUCACAGCGCAGAACCUAGUACACGCACGCUGGGAGUGGGCGAUCCUGCCUUUGGUGCUGCUAGGUCUCACGGUCUGCUUCGUUGUAGUGACCAUUACCCUAACCGCACGGAGAGGCCUGCCGCUGUGGAAAAGCUCUAGUCUGGCUCAUGUGCUACAUGGUCUUGACGAUGACAGCUCCGAUGCAAUGACUGCAAAUCGGUCCGACCAGCUCGAGAGCAAAGCUAAAGGCUUUACAAUGAAGAUGGACUUGGAGCUCGAGAGGUGGCGAUUGAGAGGCCUGCGAAGGCAAGAUUAG